CUUCAAUGAAUGAGAUCGUACCUAAAUCCCGUAAAAUCUAGUAGUACUUCAUUCUCUGCUCGAUAUUUUGCAGCUGCCUUUGACUGAAGAGCACUUUGAAGUUUGAACCUUUAAUUUAAACCCAUGUAUAUAGACAAAUACACCACGUGAUGAGAUUCAGAAGAAGAUCCCACUAUUUUUCUAAAAGUGGAAAACAAAUGCUGCUAUAAAACGUCAUAACCGCCUUCAUACAAAUACCAGCCGAAUUUUCUGCCUGCAAAACAUAAUGGGACAAAUCUUGCACCACCAACCUCCAAUCUCUCUCUCGUGCAGUCAUGAUCACCAACUUACAAGUUGACAAAUGACAUACUUGCUUCAAUGUAAAGAAAACCAAGUUCGAUUACAGUCUUCAGGAGCAUAUUUCUCCACAACCUACAACAAACGAGACAGAUAUGCCCAACGAUCAAUAUUCCAAUGAAGCGAGCACAUCAAGAUGCAAGAAGCAGUUGGUACAGCCGACGAGCACCUCUAGCUCCGAUAACUGGAGAGGAGAAGCUGAAAUUAAACGGCUCGAAGGAAGAUUGAAGAUUCUUGAAGAGGAGGCUGAAAUCUUAAAGGGUGCUCUGCUUGAGAGCGCGGAAGAAAGUAGAACACUGAUUGGCGAUAUACACCUGCAGCUUUACACCGUGCAACGUCACCUAUUGCAGCGUGGAGCAGAGAGAGGAGAAUCGCGUAGCCAUGGCAUUCCGAGAGUGAAGGAAAGAGAAAGACGAGCAGGUCUACUGCAGAUCCUAUACCAAGAAGCUAAUCCAUCCAUUGUGAACAAGGUCUCAAGAACUAAAGUAUUAUUACAAGAUUCAACCUAAGCUUACUUCUCGUUUCAAAGAUAGCUGAUAGAUGGAAGUCUAGGAGUAAUUCUAUUUAUGUUUGGCAUGCUUGCUUUACACUUAUUGUCUAGACUUUCAGU